UGGUCACUCCAAUUGACGUGGCCUCAAAAUUUUUUGUUCUCUGAAAAUGCAAAAAAGUUUGCAUUUCUUAAUAAUAUAAUUAAGAUACAUAACGCCCGCCCCAGAGCAUCCGUCGAAACCGGGCAGUGUUCGAAGCCAUCCGGAGCACGCGAAGAGUGCCAGAACAAGAGUUAGGGCGACGAGUUCCGAGCGGAGAGAGUGACGAAAAGUGCCGUGAAAAUCGUUUAAUUCCCGUUUUCGGAGCAAGUUACCUUCCAGGAACUGAAGCCAGUCCCCAGGAAAAGUGUCCAGCCAGCAGAUCCAGAAGCUCGCGCGUGUGUUUUCACUAAAAGAAAAGCGAAAAGGCCCGCAGUCAACGUGCGCCCGCAGCAAAAUCGCCAAUCAAGGGCGGAAGAAGAAGAGCAACUACAAAGUGCAAGUGCUGGUGGUCGGUCAAGAGCUACACAGUGUACAUGCCACUGGAGACUGCUCCGAAAGAACGCAAGCAUAUGAAUUAGCAGCAUGUCGGCAUACAACCCAAACUUUGUGCCUCCCGCCCAUGCGCCGGUCCCUUUGAACGGCAACAAUCUGGUGAACGGUCUGCCAGGAGCAGGCCAACAGCAGCACCCGCAGCCACCUCCAUCAGCAGCGCAACAGUAUCUAGCGCAAAAGCAACCACAGCAGUUCCAGCAGGCGCCACCGGCAGCAGGAGCUUAUCCAGGAGCAGCAGCCAACAAGUUCUUGCCACCCACGUCCGCUGUUGUUGGUGGUCCUCCUCCUUUGCAAUUGCCACCCAGUACGGUGCCACCAAGCACGUUGCCGCCUCAUCUGCGUCCGCCUCCGACCACCAAUGCCAAUGUCAACGGACCCAUCACCAAUGGCAGCAAUGGAGCGUCUAGCGCCAACUCCUCGCGAACAGCGUCACCACGGCCAAUGGGAGCACAGCCACAACAACAACCAUAUGGCCAAGGACCUGUAGCUGCAGCGUUAGGCAACCCACCGCGCGCAUCUCCCCUACCAACCAGCCAACAACAACAACCAGCUGUGGCCAAUCUGACGAACAGCAUGCAGAAUCUAAACUUGAUCCCGAAUCGGACUAAUGGAGCUACUGGCAGUGGGUCGGCGUUGCCUCCCCAGCAACAGUAUCCGCAGCAAAAGGAUUACAGGAGCUUGGGCGUAGCUAUGGCCCAGGCGCGUCCACCUCAGUUCAUCGAUGAUAAGGGAACGACCAGUGGAAUAGCCCCAAACGUGAUGCCAUCGCCGUUUAGUGGACAGAAGCCGCCCAACUUGGGACCACUCCCGUCAAAGAUGUUCGGAACUGCAGCGACACCCGACAGGCCUGCGCCACCGUUAGCUGGCCAGAGGGUUGCCUAUGGAGUGCCGCCUCCGCCUAGCACUGAGCAGCAGAACCAGCAGAACAACAAUCCGCAGAAAGCGGCGCCCCCUCCGGGAACUGCUUGGCCAGCAGGAAUUCAAUCCCCUCAGUCUCCUCCAACGCAGCAGGUCCAGCAGCCGAGCCCCUACGCUCAGGCUUAUCCUCCCCCUCUGCAGCAGCAGCCACUGCCUCCUGCAGUGCAGCCUCCGCCGCCGGGAAUGUUCGGAACGCAGCCCACAGGAGCACCACUGCAGUAUCAGGCCCAGGCGCCACCCCAAGCCUAUGGACAACAACAACUACCAGUACAGCCACAGCUCGCAGGACCAGCAGCGUUUGGCUCUCCCGCUCCGCUGAACGUGGCCCAGCAGGGAUUCAGCCGUCUGUGGGGACAGGACACCAUCGACCUGAUGCAAAACCGGCAUAUCCUGUCACCGGCAACGCUUCCGCCGCCAAAGGUUGUGCUGCACAACCAGUUCCACGAGUCCAUAAACUGCAGCCCGAGCAUAAUGCGCUGCACGCUCACCAAGAUCCCCGAGAGCAACUCACUGCUGCAGAAGUCGCGCCUGCCACUUGGCAUUGUGAUUCAUCCCUUCCGCGAUGUGAAUAGCCUGCCCGUGAUUCAGUGCAUCAACAUUGUGCGUUGCCGCCUGUGCCGCACCUACAUCAAUCCCUUUGUUUAUUUUGUGGACAGCAAAAUGUGGAAGUGCAAUCUGUGCUAUCGCGUCAACGAACUGCCGGAUGAUUUCCAAUUCGAUCCGGCCACGAAAACGUACGGAGACGUGACCCGUCGGCCCGAGGUGCGCUCCAGCACCAUUGAGUUCAUCGCCCCCUCGGAGUACAUGCUGCGUCCGCCGCAGCCAGCCAUGUACCUGUUCCUCUUCGAUGUCUCGAUCAUUGCGCAGCAGAGCGGCUAUCUGGAGGCCGCCUGCGCGGUACUCAACCGGCACCUGGACGAGAUGCCGGGCGAUGCCCGCACCCAGGUGGGCUUCAUCUGCUUCGACAGCUUCGUGCACUUCUACAGCAUGGCAGAGGGUCUCAACCAGCCGCAUGAGAUGACUUUGCUGGACAUCGAGGACCCCUUCCUGCCGCGUCCGGACAGUCUGCUGGUGAAUCUGAAGGAAUGCAAGGAGCUGGUGCGAGACCUACUCAAGCAGCUGCCCAAGCGAUUUGCCCACACCCACGAUCCGGGCUCCGCCUUGGGAGCUGCUCUGCAGGUAGCCUUCAAGCUAAUGCAAGCUUCUGGCGGCCGCAUCACCGUCUUUCAAUCGUGCCUUCCCAACAAGGGACCUGGAGCCCUGGAGCCACGCGAGGAUCCCAACAACCGCUCGGCCAAGGACGUGGCCCACCUGAAUCCGGCCACCGAUUUCUACAAGCGCUUUGCUCUGGAGUGCUCUGGCUACCAGGUAGCCUGCGACCUCUUCCUGAUGAACCAGCAGUACAGCGACAUGGCCACCAUCUCUGGCAUCAGUAAGCACAGCGGCGGCUGCGUGCACCACUUCCCGCUGUACCAGAAGACCAAGCCGCACAUGGUGGACUCGUUCCGGACGUGCUUCAAGCGCUACCUGACCCGCAAGAUCGGCUUUGAGGCGGUGAUGCGGAUCCGAUGCACGCGCGGAUUGCAGGUGCACACAUUCCACGGCAACUUCUUUGUGCGCUCCACGGAUCUGCUGUCUCUGCCGAACGUGAAUCCAGAUGCCGGCUACGGCAUGCAGAUCUCCUACGACGAGAGCCUCACGGACGUGAAGACGAUCUGCUUCCAAGCGGCGCUCCUGUACACCAACAGCGAGGGAGAGCGCAGGAUAAGGGUGCACACGGUGUGCCUGCCGGUGACUGCUUCUCUGCCAGAGGUUAUGCACUCGGCGGAUACGGAGGCCAUUGUGGGGCUACUAUCCAAAAUGGCAGUGGAUCGUUCGGUGGCCUCCAACUUGUCGGACGCCCGAGACGCCUUCAUCAACGCCACGAUUGACGUGUUCAACUCGUUCAAGAUUGCACAAAAUCUGCCCUCCGGCCAAUCUGGUCAGCUUAUAGCGCCGCGCAGCCUGGCCUUGCUGCCCCUCUAUAUCCUCGGGCUGCUCAAGCAUCCCGCAUUCCGCGUGGGCACCAGUACGCGGCUGGAUGAUCGGGUCUUCGCCAUGGACUGCAUGAAGACGCUGCCGCUGGACCAGCUGAUGAAGUACGUCUACCCGGAGCUGUACAAGAUCGAUGCUUUGAUCUACCACGCCCGCAAUUCGAACAGUAGUACGACGCAAGACGACGACGAGGAGGAGGACGAGCCGCUACCGGAGCUGCCGCGCCUGCAGCUAUCAGCGGAGCACCUGGACUCCCGAUCGAUAUUUCUGAUGGACUGCGGCACGCUGAUAAUGCUCUACGUCGGACUUAAUGUGCCGUCAGAUGUCUUGGAGACGGUGCUGGGCAUCAGCUCCACCGCAGAGCUGGGCGACUAUGUAUACGGAUUGCCAAAUGUGGUGAGCAACGAGAACGACGUGCUGAAGCGCUUUAUUUUGCGACUCAACUACGACAAGCCCUACUCGGCCCUGGUGCAGAUAAUAAGGGACACGAGCACGGCCAAGGGCCAGUUCAUCGAGAGAUUAUCCGACGAUCGCAAUGAUUCUAGUUUGUCAUACUAUGAAUUUUUGCAACACAUUCGGGCUCAGGUUAAAUAGUACAUAAGCAGGGAAUCCCCAACCACUAUUGUAUGCAACAUAAGUAUGAGUUUCUCAGAACGUAUAAGGCUCCGAGACUCUGGUGACUAGAAGCGAGAAGCAGAUGCAGGCGAACACUGUGGAGACGGAGACCGAGACCGAGACGAGACCCUUACCCUUUCCCCACUCUACUCGCGGCUUAGGUAGUAAUUUUAAAGUGCAUGUAUUUAUUUAUUUGUUGAUUUAUUGCACUAAAAAUAAAACUAAAUCAAUUAAAGAAGGCAGUUGUCACAAGCGAAACUAGAUAUCGUUGCCAGUAGGAAUUGCGCGAAGAACACACAUUAGUCAAAGUCCCGCUAGCCAACCAACCAAGCCAACCAGUCAGUAGAGCUCCCAGGCAAGCGGAUUGCACUGUUAUUUAUUAUAGCUAUGUUAAACGCAAUAAACUGAACGAAAUAUACACUAUUGUAAAUUAUAAUUUAACGCGACUUCUUUUCGUUCCAACUGCGGCUUAGUAGAGCAUUCUGCUAACCAAAGACCUUACAAUAAUAAGAUGAGUAAAGCCCAAGGAGUUUUUGUUGAAAACGAGAAAGCGCUCUAGAGCCAGAUUUUAAGCGGUCUAUUUACGUGCAUAUUGCAAUUCAACUGUGGGGACGUCAUGCAUCUUGUUAGUAUAAGGUCUUUGCACCUACUCUCAUUGUUAUCGCUUGUUCCCCCAACACCUUAUGUUUUGCUGUUAUCAGUAGUAUUUAUUUUCGGAAUAUCCAGAUGAAACACAUUCAUAAUAGUCUAUUACUUUUAAGUCGGUACGCGACACUGUAGUUAGUGAACUUAUUUUUCAAACGAAUGUGUACGGGAACAGAUUUGGUAUUGUGUAUUGCAUUGAUGGGACACGGACUGCUUGAAAGUGAAUGUAUUAAGCUUAGAAGGAUUAUUGUACUGUAUCAAUAAAGAGACCCCCCAACCCUCUACAACCCCAGACGAAGCAAACUAAUCGAGAAAACCAUAUAUACAUAUAUGUACUAUACUUUAUACACAUACGAGAGUGCAUCAAGAUAUAAAGCGAAAUACAUUUUAAUUAAAUCAUAA